AUGGCUCCCAGCAACAUCAACAUCCGUCGUGAUGUCUCCGACCCUUUCUACCGUUACAAGAUGGAACCCUUGCAGUCCAAGAUUGAAGGUAAGGGUAACGGUAUCAAGACUGUCAUCGUCAACCUUAACUCGGUUGCGGGAUCCUUGAGCCGUCCUCCUGCCUAUGUCAUCAAGUACUUUGGCUUUGAACUCGGUGCCCAGGCCAAUGCCAAGCCUACCGAUGACCGCUGGAUCAUCAACGGUGCCCACGAUGCCAGGAAGCUACAAGACUAUCUUGACGGUUUCAUUUCCAAGUUCGUUCUCUGCAAGAAGUGCAAGAACCCGGAAACCGAUGUUAUCAUUAAGGACGAGAAAAUCAUCCUGGACUGCAAGGCUUGUGGUCAGCGCUCUGACGUUGAUCCCCGUCUCAAGCUUAGCACCUUCAUUCUUCGCAACAACACCUCCGGCAAAGGCAAGAAAGACAAGUCUUCCAAGAAGUCUCGCCGCGAGCGUAACAAGGAGAAGGAUGCCACCAAUGGAGAGACCAACGGCAGCCCAGGCGAUAGUAACUCUGACAACGGCGACGACAACGAAGAUGGCGCCCCCGAAGCAGGCAGCGAUGAUGAACUUACUCGUCGUAUCAACAAUGCCGCUCAGGAUAUCGAGGCUGAGGAUGGGAAUGAGGACGACAACUGGAACGUUGACGUCUCCGAAGAGGCCGUCAAGGCUCGUGCCAAGGAACUUCCCGAUGACCUGAAGCGCGCCCUUGCUCUUGACGAAGGUGAUGACGAGGGUGCCGACGGCCCUACCGCUUACGAUGAACUUGGCAGCUGGGUCCUGGACACUGCUAAGGAGAAGGGCGGUAUCACUAAGGUCGAAGACGUUGAGAUUUACCUGAAGGCUAAGGAGCUCGGUAUCGAGUCCAAGCACAGAACCCUGGCCGUUCUUGCUCAGACCAUCUUCGAUGAGAAGAUUGCUAAGCAGAUCGAAGGCCGCGCCCCUCUGCUCAAGAAGAUGAUCACCUCCGAGCGCCACGAGAAGGCCUUCCUUGGCGGUACCGAGCGCUUCCUCGGCAAGGAGCACCCUGAGCUUAUCUCCCAGGUUCCCGCCGUUCUGCUCGGCUUCUACCAGAAUGACUUGGUCUCGGAGGAAACUCUUAAGGCCUGGUGCUCCAAGGCUAGCAAGAAGUACGUCGACAUCUCGACCAGCAAGAAGGUCCGCAAGGCUGCUGAGCCCUUCCUCCAGUGGCUCGAGAGCGCCGAGAGUGAGGAGGAAGACAGCGACGACGAGUAA